CUGGGAAACAUUCUUCACAACAUCCACAAAAUACCUAUGGCACCUUUACGCAGAGUAAGUAUAUUCCCCCCAAUCACUGCAAUUCCGUUGACGUAUUCUUAGUCUGCUAGACACGGAGGUCACUACUCCAGCUCAGAAACCCCUGGCAAGGUCAAGUUCUCGACCCUUCCGCUUGAAAUCCGAGAGAAAAUAUGGGAGCUUACAUGGCCGGAAAGUCGUGUCGUCGAGCUGGCAAAUGAGAUGCUAGGAGGAGACAAUCCAUAUAAUCAAUAUGGAGACUUUAUUUAUCUACCUGUACUACGAUUUGCAGGCUAUCUACAACCGCUGUUGGACGAAAAGUUCACGUCGAGAUUUCCAGACGAAGAUGAAGACUACAAAUCAGGUGUGAACUUACCUAAUCCGAUCGCACUUCAAAUCAACCAUGAAUCGAGGGCGUUUACUCUGAAGACGUACACCUUAUUUCAACACACAAUACUACCCGGUGCCAGCAUUUAUGCCAAUCCUUUACGUGAUGUAGUCUGGUGUGGGGACAACUGGAAUGGCCUUUGGAGUGGUGAUUGGUCUCCCUUGAAAGAUUACUACAAUAAGGACCUCAGCGUUUUUCGAACCGCGGUGCUCGGUAUUACUGCUAGUUUAUGGAUUGGGUUGGAUCACGACACACUCCCUGGUGGCAACUCUUUCCAGUUGGACAGAUUAUGGAAUUUCUUCAGAGAAUUACCGGGACUGGACCGUUUUGUGAUUCUUCACAGUCGCGCCAGUUCUGGUGCUCCAUUGCGGAAUGUUCCUAACCUGAACCUUGUCCCGGUCGUGGCAGCGAUUCCCAUAGCCGAGUUUCUAAAGGAGGAAAAUAGGCCGAUACGUUUUUGCGACAAGUUUGAAAGGACUGAAAAACGUCCCGUCAAAAAACUUUUGUAUUAUCAUCCGGCUGAUGGAAAUCUUGAGGAUUUUUUAGGAGGACAGAAUUCGAAACUUAGUGAAGAGUUCAAUGUUAAAAUGGAUGUCUAGGUGGACAUGGUCACGUGCCUUAAAAGGACUUUCCUCCGCAUUACCUACCUAUGGACACUUAUGAGAGAAAAGGUUGUUUUGACGGAAGAUUAUGCGCAUUUGAAUUUCAUUGAAACUUAUGUAUAAUGAUUACAGUAGUUCUUUUCGUUUCUUUUCAUUCAAUGUUUAUGGUCACGUGCCGAGAUUAGCCGACCCAACCUGGAUUGCCUCUCCAGGAAAGCAAGACAAACAUAACUAAUU